AUGUACAUCUGGGUCCUUGUUCUCAUCCCGCAGUUAUUUGCCACUACUGUGAUGCAGGAAGGCUUGGGAGGAGUGGAACCCUUGACGAAAGCUCAUACGGAUUCAACUGACGAGGGAACGCUCUACCGCGGAAAGAACGUUUGUGGCGUGCAGGAAAUGGUCACGUCAGCUAUUGUUCUAUAG